CCGCGCCGCUGCCGUUCAGCAGCAUAAUAUCCUGUUUCAGUGAGUCGGAUGAAGAUGUCUGUCUGGAGAGGAGCAUCUAGCCGAGCAUAGAUGCUUCUGACUGCGAGAAGAAACGGACAGCGGCACACCGAAAAAAGCUGAUAUCCAGUGAUGGACAGGUUCACAGAGGACAUGCUGAACAGCGGCCGGGCCAUGCUGGGCGAGGACAGCUCAGUGAUGGCCCGCAUGCAGAAGAAGUUCUGGAAGACCAAGCAGGUGCUCAUCAAGGCCACGGGCAAGAAGGAGGACGAGUACGUGGUGGCGUCGGACGCCGACCUGGACGCCAAGCUGGAGUUCUUCCGCUCGGUUCAGUUCACCUGCACGGAGCUGCUGAAGGUCAUCGAGAAGUACCAGCACAGGAUCACACGACUGUCUCAAGAGGAGAACGAGCUGGGGCUGUUCCUGCGCUUCCAGGCCGAGCACGACCGCACCAAGGCCGGCAACAUGAUGGACGCCACCAGCAAGGCGCUGUGCGCCUCGGCCAAGCAGAGGAUGGCGCUGUGCCCGCCGCUGCAGCGCCUGCACCAGGAGGUUGAGACGUUCCGGCGGCGCGCCAUCGCCGACACGCUGCUGACGGUGGGCCGCAUGGAGAAGGCCCGCACCGAGUACCGCGGAGCGCUGCUGUGGAUGAAGGACGUCUCCCAGGAGCUGGACCCGGACACCUACAAGCAGCUGGAGAAGUUCCGCAAGGUCCAGACUCAGGUCAGAGGGACGAAGGGUCAAUUCGAGAAGCUGAAGAACGACGUGUGUCAGAAGGUGGACAUGCUGGGAGCGAGUCGCUGCAACAUGCUGUCACACUCCCUCUGCACCUACCAGACCACGCUGCUUCAGUUCUGGGAGAAAACGGCUCACGCCAUGUCGGGCAUCCACGAGGCCUUCCAGGGACACGUCCCGUACCAGUUCACCACGCUCAAGGACCUGCGAGAUCCUCUGGAGCAAAUAUCCGACUCCCAGAAGCAGGAGGAAGAUCUGCAGCGCAACACAGACAAUCUGGUGUCCUUGGAUGACGACAAGCCGUCAGGAAGCCAUGCAGACCCCCCCCCACCCAGCGGUGAUGGACAGAGCCUCACCGGUGACACUGCUCUGAGGGGGCCGCCGGUGGUCCCUGACGACGAUCUCCUGCUCAUGGCCUGCGACGAGCUGCUGGCCCCGCCCCCUCCGAACGCCCCGCCCCCUCUGCUGCCUCCUCCCCCGCAGGCCGGACGCCCUCAGAUCGGCCCCUGGCAGCAGCCCGUCUCCGGUAGUGUGUCCGCCCCCGCCGCCACCAGCCUGAGACCGGAGGACGAGGAAGGCGAGCGCAGCGACAUGGCGUUCCUGAAAGACCUCCUGAGCCCGGGUCCAGGCUCCUGUGACGAGUUCAGCAGAGAGUGGCAGGAUGCGUUCGGGAUGUUCGACCCUCAGCCGCCCGGCGGGGGGGCGCCACCACCGCCGCCGCCGCCCACAGCUGCAGCAGCGCGGCCUCCGUCCAACCCCCCCAGCCCCACCGGGUUCCUGCCCUCCCAGCUGCUGGACCACAGCCUGAGCUCCACAGGCUGGGCGACGCCCCCCAUGUUCCAGGCUCCGCCCAUGCAGCCCCCGCCCGGGCCCAGCCAGUCCGCCCAGCCGGCCGCCAGCUCAGUCGCUCAUGCAGCUCCGGGAGGCUCCAAAGACAUGUCAGCCUGGUUCAACCUGUUUGCAGACCUGGACCCCCUCUCCAACCCGGACGCCAUCGGACGCUCGGCAGACGAGCUGCUCAACGCCUGAGGCCCCGUCUGUGUGUACGUGUGUGUGCGCGCGUGAGAAAGAGUGUGUGCGCAUAUGCUCUACAAGCGUCAGGAUCUGUGCAACUUAUAACGUCGUCGACCAAGUAAACAAACUGUGAACAACACACGCAUCGUGCACUCACACACACACACACACACACACACACACACAUCUCUGCGAUCAGGAGAAAACGGUGAAAACACACACACUCGAAUGCACCGCCCGUCUCUUUCCACUGGAAAUCAGCUCUUCUCCCGUUAAAAAAAAAAAAAAAAAAAAAAA